GUUGGACAGAGCUUGCGACUAGGAGGCCACACAGCCACCGGAUUCUGCUGAACACUGAUGGCAACAGCCAGGAGCCUGGGCCUCCUGCUCUUUCUGCUACUUGGUUCAGUAAAAGGCGAAAGACUUAUACCAUCUGAAGAGAAUCCAGAGUAUGUUGAGACCACUGAAGAGUCAAGGAAUGUUUGCCUGCUCAAGGGGAACCAUGAGUAUGACAACUUUGACUUGAAUGACAUUGCUGAGUGCUUCACCACGUGCGGGCCAUCAGAGAACAUCUCCUGUGAUGUGGGGAAGUUGCAGAGAUACUGGCUGAACUAUGAGUCCUACCUGCUGGAGAAUUCCAAGGAGACUGUGGACAAGCCUUUUGUUAAGGCCUUGAUUCGGAACGUCAGCACAGACGUCUCAGAAGACCUGCUCUUCUCUCUGACGCCCUCCCAGAUCCCAAAGCAGGUGAUGCAGGGUGAGGUCCAGCCCACUGACAGAGUCCGACUUCCCAAGAGCCUGUUUGGAGCCCUCCUGCCUGGCAAGAGGUCUGCCGUCCGGUUGGCCAUAACUGUUCUGGACAUUGGUGCGGGGAAUGUCUUCAAGGGCCCCAAGCUCCUCCAGGACAACGGCAGCAGCGUGUUGAACAACCGCAUGGUGGGCCUGAGUGUGGGCCAGACGCACGCCACCGGGCUAACGGAGCCAGUGGAGAUCACCUUCUCCCACCAGCGUCAGCCACCUAAUAUGAUCCUCACUUGUGUAUUCUGGAAUGUGGUUAAAGGAGACUGGGAUUCCCAAGGCUGCUCCACGGAGCUCGGGGAUGAGAGGACUGUCUGCCGCUGCGACCACUUGACCUUCUUCGCCUUGCUGCUGAGGCCGAUCUUGGACCUGGCCACAGCACAGACUCUCACUCGCAUCUCCCAAGCAGGCUGUGGAGUCUCCACGAUCUUCCUGGCCUUCACCAUUGUUUUCUAUGUUGCCCUCAGGCUCUCUCUGCAGAGGUUCAAGUCUGAAGAUGCCCCUAAGAUCCACAUGGCUCUGAGCAGCAGCCUAUUUCUCCUGAAUCUUACCUUCUUGAUCAGUGUGGGAAGCGGCUCUCAAGGCCCCCCAUCUUCCUGUGGGGUGCGAGCUGCCAUCUUCCACUACUUCCUGCUGUGUGUCUUCACCUGGAUGGGCCUGGAGGCCUUCCACCUCUACCUGCUGGCCAUCAGGGUCUUCAAUACCUACUUUGGACACUACUUCCUGAAGCUGAGCCUGCUGGGCUGGGGCUUGCCUGCUCUUGUGGUCAUUGGUGUUGGGAGUAGCAACAGUUAUGGUGUUUACACUAUCCGCGACCAGGAGAACCGCACCUCUCUGGAGCUGUGCUGGUUCCAGAAAGAACCUGCUCUUUAUGCCACCGUCCACGGCUACUUCCUUGUCAGCUUCCUCUUUGGAGCUGUGGUGCUGGCUCUGGUGGCCUGGAAGAUCUUCACGCUGCCCAGUGUCACAGCGGGCAAAGAACAGGGGCAGACCUGGAGGUCGGUCUUCACUGUUCUGGGCCUCUCGAGCCUGGUGGGCAUGACCUGGGGGCUGGCUGUGCUCACGCCCCUGGGGUUGUCCACCAUCUACAUCUUUGCCCUCUUCAACUCGCUGCAAGGCGUCUUCAUAUUCUGCUGGUUCAUCAUCCUCUACUUCCCGAGGCAGAGCACCACAGCCCCCUCCUCCGGCACUGCCCGCCUUGGCCAGGCCCACUCCAUGUCACAGGAGUAGGUGACUGAAGUGUGCUCUCAGCUCCAGCUGGGUUGCGUGACCUCAGACAGCUAGCUCCCCCUACUUCCUUCUGGGUUCCGUUGCCUUCUCUGUACAGGGUGUCUGAGGAGGAAGAGAACAGAGACCAUGCUGAACCAUAUGACUUCGAAGCUCCCAUUCAGAGAGCUGGAGAUAGAUUGAUGGCUUGAGGAGGACACUGGUUCAGCUCCCAGCACCCACACGCUGGGUCACAACUGUCUGGGACUAUAGUUCCAGGAGCUCUGAUACCUCUUCGGGUCUCCAAGGGCAGCAGGCAUGAAGGUGCUGUAUACACAUAUAUGUGUGCAAAACACUCAUACACCUGAAAUAGAUAUUAAAAAGUAUUUUGAAAAGCUC